CGACUGAUCAUGCAGUACCUGAAAGAGAACAGCCUCCACCGAGCCCUCGCCACCCUCCAGGAGGAAACUACCGUCUCCCUCAACACCGUGGACAGUAUCGAGAGCUUUGUGGCUGACAUCAACAGCGGGCAUUGGGACACGGUGCUACAAGCCAUACAGUCGCUGAAGCUGCCCGACAAGACCCUCAUUGAUCUCUACGAGCAGGUUGUGCUGGAGUUGAUUGAGCUCCGGGAACUAGGUGCUGCCAGGUCUCUCCUGAGACAAACAGAUCCCAUGAUCAUGCUGAAACAAACUCAGCCAGAGCGGUACAUCCACCUUGAAAACCUUCUGGCCAGAUCUUACUUUGAUCCUCGUGAGGCAUACCCAGAUGGAAGUAGCAAAGAGAAGCGGAGAGCUGCUAUUGCACAAGCUUUAGCUGGAGAAGUCAGCGUGGUACCUCCAUCUCGUCUGAUGGCGUUGUUGGGGCAGGCACUGAAAUGGCAGCAGCAUCAGGGCCUGCUUCCUCCUGGUAUGACAAUUGACUUGUUCAGAGGCAAAGCAGCUGUGAAAGACGUGGAAGAAGAAAAGUUCCCCACGCAGCUGAGCAGGCAUAUUAAGUUUGGACAGAAGUCGCAUGUGGAGUGUGCUCGGUUUUCCCCCGAUGGACAGUAUCUUGUUACUGGCUCUGUUGAUGGUUUCAUUGAAGUAUGGAACUUCACUACUGGAAAGAUUAGGAAGGAUCUGAAGUACCAGGCACAAGAUAAUUUUAUGAUGAUGGAUGAUGCAGUGCUGUGCAUGUGCUUCAGCAGAGAUACAGAAAUGCUAGCAACCGGAGCACAAGAUGGAAAGAUCAAGGUGUGGAAGAUCCAGAGCGGUCAGUGUCUGAGAAGAUUUGAACGAGCACACAGUAAAGGUGUUACAUGCCUCAGUUUCUCCAAAGACAGCAGCCAAAUUCUUAGUGCUUCUUUUGAUCAGACAAUCAGGAUUCAUGGUUUAAAAUCUGGGAAGACUUUAAAGGAAUUCCGUGGUCAUUCUUCCUUUGUCAAUGAAGCUACUUUUACCCAGGACGGCCACUAUAUUAUCAGUGCAUCCUCUGAUGGCACAGUGAAGGUUUGGAAUGUGAAGACGACAGAGUGCUCAAACACCUUCAAAUCUCUUGGCAGCACUGCUGGGACAGACAUUACUGUGAACAGUGUCAUUCUCCUGCCUAAAAACCCAGAACACUUUGUUGUUUGCAACAGAUCGAACACAGUCGUCAUUAUGAAUAUGCAAGGACAAAUUGUAAGAAGUUUUAGCUCUGGUAAGAGAGAAGGUGGUGACUUUGUAUGCUGUGCGCUUUCACCUCGUGGUGAAUGGAUCUACUGUGUUGGUGAAGAUUUCGUGCUCUAUUGCUUUAGCACAGUGACCGGCAAGCUGGAGAGAACUCUGACUGUUCAUGAAAAGGAUGUCAUUGGCAUUGCUCAUCACCCCCACCAGAACCUGAUUGCCACUUACAGUGAAGAUGGCCUCCUCAAGCUCUGGAAGCCUUAGCUUGAUUUUACAAUAAGCUAUGCAGUGUGCCUGUUAGUUGCAGGUUAUUGGUGUUUGUGCUUUAACAAGGUCUAAAGCACAAAGUGUGCUAUUUACUCAAUUUUAGUUCCAGUUUCCAGAGAAUGAUGUUUUUAAUUCUUGGUCUAAAGUUAGGUAGAUUGGUGCUUAAAUAUAGCAUCAGUUAAUUUCAAAUGCUUUUAUUUUUACCAGAGUAGCUGAAACAACUUCAGUGAGAGUGUUUUUCCUGUCUCCUGAAGUCUGAACUCUUCCUACAGUGUUUAUAAAAGUUGAACAAGCUAGGAACUACACACAUUUACAAGUGGUUGCUGACUUCCUAGAAUACAGUAAAAUGCUUUUUUUUAUUGAGUGAAUUAUGCGGAACAGGAAAGCUGUCUCUUCUCCAAUGCUGAAACAAAGGCACAGUUUUCAUGGAAUGCAGAUGAGGAUACUCUGCCCUCAGCUUGAAGGCAGAGGCUUUUCUAGUCCAGUGGGUUUUGCUGUGUUCAAUUUUUCCAACUGUAUAUAUAAAGUAGUGUCACACAGCUUCCUCAGAAUGAAACUAUUCUUCCCCAUCUCCCAGCACUUCCUGCUAUAAACCUGCCUAACAUGGCAGUGAGAUAUAGCUGGGUUUUUGGUUUGUUUUUUUAUGGGUUUUUGUUUGUUUGGUUGGUUGGUUUUGGAGUUUUGUUUUGUUUCUUUUUUGUUUUACUUUACUUCCAGGCUAAAAGGAAUUAUUAUCUGGGCCUUCUUCCUAUAAGUGUAUAAUGUCUUCAGACCAGCUUUAACUGCAGCAGGCCUCAGGAUCAAUAUUUUAAAACAUGCAAAAGCCAGUUUACAUAGGGCAAGUUCCUAGUGCUAUGAUGCAGCACGUGCUGCAGUUGUUUUGUUUUUUCCAGUUUACUCAGUUCAGCUUCCUGCUUUCCCAAAAGGGCAUGGCAUACUUAAGCUUUAAUUAAUCACUUGUAAGAUUUUUUUUAUUUCAUAUACCUGUGGACCUAGUUAAGGUGAUACUUAGGUCCCACACUAUGGUAAAAAGAAGCUUUUAGGCUCUUCAGUUGGGAGCAGAUGACGAUUCCAUUUGAGAUCCUGACUAAUGCACACUGUUGUGAAUGUACACCAGCAUCUUCUAAAGUCUGACCAUAGUUUUUCUAGGAUGCAGCAAAAAAACGAGGUUUUGUCUGUAAUGAUGAGACAGACACAUGCAGAUUUGAAUCUGCAGCACUAUUUCCUGUUCUCAUCUCUUACAGAAUGCUUUCCUGCUGCAGUAAUCUUUCAAACAGUAAUAACUUCUCUUUGACUUAAUAAAUUAGUUCCAAUUUAAAUAACCUCACAAUUUUUUUGAGCUUGAGGGCUUGAUCUUAAUGCAAAUAUUGGGUUGUCAGCUGGUGACUGACCUCCUUCAGCACUAACCGGUACACUUGACUGAAAUAUGUUCAUACUGGUCUAAGGAAAUGUAUAAAAAUUUCAGCUUAACUUCUCACAUAGCAUUGCUUGUUCACUACAACUGUAGUGUUUAGUUCUACAUUUAGCUGUAAUGUUGUAAUUCCUAAUUUUUGUAAUGCUUCCUCAGAUAUGGCAAUGAAGUAUUUUUAAGUAGCAAAAAGUGAUUACUUUUCCUGCCUGAAAGGACACUGGCAUGCCAGAAACAUCUGACAGUAAUACAUCUGACAACUCCAUUGGCAAUUAGUACUUUUGAUACAGGAGAACAUCUUGACAAAAUAUUUUUAAUGUUAUCUAACUUGUAGUUCAUUUUGCCUUCAGAUUACAUAGAACUGCUAAUCUUCAAUGUGAACUAUAUUUUACAUUGUUCUUUAAAAGAAAAGUAGUUGUAGCAAAUAAAACUGUCAGAAUCCUGAAUGUUUAGAGAUUGAAAUACAUUCUCUAGCUUAAAAAUGUGAGAAAAUCUGGCAUUUCUUAAGCUUUUUAUGCAAGUUUCAGUUUACUGCAUCAAGUACUGAAGACAAAAAAGCAAAGUGUGCUAAUACUUAUGAAAGGGCAAUGGUAAAACUUACUUCCUGGGCUGCAGCUGUAAUUUGCAAAAUAGCUGGCAGUUGGCAAAAAAAUACAAUUAUAAUCUUGAAAAUGUUGAAUUU